AUAAAAAAUUACUAAUCGAAUAAAAAGGCGAGAAUGACUGUUUUGAACCGGUCACUUAAUUCUAACUCUUUUUAAUAACAAUAAAAAAUUGAUGCACUCUCCGCAACCAAAGGCUCAACUAAUUUUAUGCGCUUAUCAUGAGUAAGCGUAAAAAAAUUUGCAAACACUAAGUGAACGAGUGGAAUUUAGUUAAAAGAUGGUCUUAAAUCUGCUAUUUAUAACGACGGUCAUCAAAUCCACGUUCGGUGUGGUUACAACAGGGCUAUGGUUGAUACCUUUACUUUUGGCCGCAAUAACAUACUACAAAUACGAUCUUGUCGAUCCUGAGUCUAAAGUACAUGACGAAACAAAUCUUUUCGGGGAAUACGAUUUUGUUGUUAUAGGUGCUGGUUCGGCGGGUGCUGUGGUAGCAAAUCGUUUAAGCGAGAUUCGCAAAUGGAAAAUAUUGUUAAUUGAGGCGGGACCCGAUGAAAAUGAGAUAUCUGAUGUUCCGUCAUUGGCUGCUUAUUUACAGCUUAGUAAACUUGAUUGGCAGUAUAAGACGGAACCUUCAAAUAAAGCUUGCCUGGGUAUGAAGAAUAAUCGAUGCAAUUGGCCGCGUGGUAAGGUUUUAGGCGGCUCCAGUGUCCUCAAUUAUAUGCUCUAUGUGCGUGGCAAUCGUCACGAUUACGAUCAUUGGGAGGCCCUAGGCAACACCGGCUGGAAUUAUGAUAAUGUUCUUCAUUAUUUUAAGAAAUCAGAGGAUAAUCGUAAUCCGUAUUUGAGUAACAGUCCUUAUCAUAGUACCGGAGGUUAUUUAACCGUACAAGAAUCACCAUGGCAUUCACCUUUAGUGGCAGCUUUUGUGGAAGCAGGCAAUGAGCUUGGCUAUGAAAAUCGCGAUAUUAAUGGUCAACAGCAAACUGGCUUCAUGAUAGCUCAAGGAACAAUACGACGAGGAUCACGGUGUAGUACGGCGAAGGCCUUCUUAAGGCCAAUAAGACAACGCAAAAACUUUCACUUAUCUAUGAACUCUCAAGUAACUAAAAUCAUAUUCGAACCGAAAACAAAGAGAGCCAGAGCAGUCGAAUUCAUUAAACAAGGACAAAUGAAAAAGAUAUUGGCGAAAAGAGAAAUUGUUUUAGCGGCCGGUGCCAUUAAUACACCGCAACUACUUAUGUUGUCUGGUGUUGGGCCUCGCAAGCAUUUAGAUAAACUCGGUAUAAAAGUAAUACAGGACCUGCCGGUGGGGGAAAACUUACAAGAUCACGUGGGAAUGGGUGGAAUGUCAUUUUUGCUAAAUAAGCCCGUUUCGAUAGUCCAAGAUCGCUUUAAUCCCACCGCUCUUACAUUUCAAUAUGUUUUGCGAGAACGUGGGCCCAUGACUAGCUUAGGCGGUGUAGAAGGUUUAGCUUUUGUGCACACACCGUAUUCAAAUCGUUCGCUUGAUUGGCCAGAUAUACAAUUUCAUAUGGCACCCGCUUCAAUCAAUUCAGACAAUGGAGCACGCGUUAAAAAAGUAUUGGGUCUUAAGGAAUCUCUUUAUCAGGAAGUUUAUCAUCCCAUAGCCAAUCGAGAUACUUGGACUAUAAUGCCUCUGCUAUUAAGGCCGCGUUCAAGAGGCUGGGUACGCUUACGUUCAACUAAUCCAUUUCAUUAUCCACUUAUCAAUGCGAACUAUUUUGAUGAUCCCUUAGAUGCGAAGACUUUAGUCGAAGGAGCGAAAAUAGCUCUGCGCAUAGCAAAUGCCAAAGUUUUCAAACAGUUUGGUUCAAAAAUUUGGCGCAAACCUGUACCCAAUUGCAAGCAACAUCAAUUCCUUACUGACGCUUAUUUAGAUUGCCAUAUACGUACGAUAUCGAUGACCAUAUAUCAUCCAUGUGGUACGGCAAAAAUGGGGCCAGCGUGGGAUCCAGAAGCAGUAGUUGAUCCCCGGUUAAGAGUUUACGGUAUUCGUGGUUUACGAGUGAUAGACGCCAGCAUUAUGCCCACUAUUAGUAGCGGUAACACUAAUGCCCCUGUUAUAAUGAUUGGCGAAAAAGGUGCCGAUCUAAUCAAGGAGGAUUGGUUCCAUAACCCUGAAUAUAAAGCAGCUACGAUUAGCUAACACGAGUCCAAGUUUUCUACGAUUUCAAAAUCUACAGCAAUCAGGUGGUAUACGAUAAGCUUUAUUAGUUGUUGUUGUUGUUGUU